AUGGUUCGCGUUACUACUGCCUUGCUGGCCUCCGCCGGUCUCAGCACCAUGGCCUCGGCUCAGGAUGUCGGAGCGGCUACCACCUCAGUCACCUCUCUCUUCCUUCCCGGCUUCGACACGCAGACCAUCUGGGCUUCUGUCAUCACUGCCCAGCCCGCGGCGGCAACCUACUCACUCGCAUGCCCUCCCGAUGCCGAUUCCAACGACUGUGGCCUUGGCACAGGCUUGACUAUUGUCCAGGGGGAAAGCACCUUCUCUAUUGACAUGCGCGGAGAGUCUGUCACACAACAAUACGGUUGCAAUCUCGUGGGCAAAGAAGCCAAGUGCUCUGGCUCCAUCAUCAGCCCUGGCGGGACUGCUCUGUUCCAGCACGUUGCAGGUGACUACCAGAAGGAAAUCCAAGCCGUAACAAUCACGGCCGGCUUGGAGAAGUUGGAUGUUGAGGCUGCCACUACCAGUGCCUCCGGCACUGGCGCUGUUGAGACAGGCACACAGACCACAACCCAGACAGAGGACGCUGCCGGCUCUACGAGCAGCAGCACAGCUGGUGUCCCCCAGAUUACCCAGAAUGCCAUCAUGAUGGGUGCUGCUCUUGUCGGUGCCGGCGCGAUGCUUCUCUAG